AUGCGCGCGAGCGUGUGGGCCCCGGUGGCCGCCGCGCUGCUGACGCUGGCCGCCGCCUCGCCACGGCGCCUCGACCAGGACUUUGAGUUCGACGACACCCCGGAGGCGCCACUGACGCAUGCGCGUCGACCCCGCAGAUAUGUUUACGAUCCUGAAAAUCCCAUGUGUCGCACUCUCGUCUGCAAGAAGCGUGAAGUGUGUCUGCUACGAGACGCCUUCACCGCUCUUUGUGCAAAUAAGAAGGACAUUCUACGUAGAGGAGACGUUAUAGUAGCCGGCACAGUGAGCACCUGGGACAGAGGAGACGACGAAGACGUGUUUUACGAGACGCGCACCUCGGACCAUACGUCGGCGCACUCCUCGCCCGACAGGUGCGUGGGGUGCGGCGGCGCGGCGCGCGGCGCCUUCCUGUGCGGCUCCGACAACCGCACGUACUCGUCGCUGUGCCGCCUCGACCUGCACAACUGCGUGCACCGCGCCGCGCCGCCCGUGCGCCUCGCGUGCCGCGGCUUCUGCCCGUGCGCGCCGCGCGCCCGCCCGCCCGCCCGCCCCGCCCGCACCGCGCGCGCGCCGCAGAGGUACCGCCCCCCGCCCCCGCCCACCCGCCGCGCUGUGACGCUGUGCACUGACAUUGUCGUCUCGUUGCAGGAUCGACGGCGGCGUCGUCUCGAAUCACAAAAUGAAGUUUUACCGGAGCGCUCAUUCAGAAGGCAGUCGCAAGAUGGAGAAGGUUGCGCACUUGACAAAAUGGCCAACCGACUACUAGAUUGGUUCUCGGUGCUCAUGGACGAAGCGGGUGGUAUCCCACCACCGCAGAAAGGUUUCCCGCACGACUGCAAGGCGGAAGUGCGCUGGAUGUUCUCGCACCUAGACACGGCCGGCGACGGAAUAUUGUCACCCGCCGACCUCUACGCUCUACGGCACGACGAGCGCGAGCGCUGCCUGCGGCCGUUCCUGUCGUCGUGCGGCGCGGGGGCGGGGGCGGGCGCGGGGGCGGACGCGGGGGCGGGUGCGGGGGCGGGGCUGACGCGCGGCGCGUGGUGCGCGUGCCUGCGCCGCGCCGCCCGGCCCUGCGCCGCGCUGGCGCGGGCGCACCCGGCGCCGCCGCCGGGCGCGUACGUGCCGGCGUGCGACGCGCGCGGCUUCUACCGGCCGCGGCAGUGCCACGCGGCGCUGGGCGUGUGCUGGUGCGUGGACGCGCACGGCGUGGAGCGCGCCGGCUCGCGCACCAAGGGCGCGCCGCUGUGCCCCGGCGAGAACGAGACGGACUCGAGCGACGAGGCGGAGAGCGAGGCCGCGGGGGAGGGCGAGGGGGAGGGCGCGGGGGAGGGGCGCGCGGGCGGCGCGGCGGACGGCGGGCCCGACGACGACGAGGACGCGGGCGGCAGCGGCGACCGCGAGCCCGAGCUGCGCUUCUAGCUGCGGUAGCCGCGUAGGGGUGCAAGCAGUGACAAUCUGUAAUGCUGAUAUCAACAACAACUGGACCCCUUCAAGAAAUGCAAUAAUACUAAGUUUCAUUUAAUUUUAAAAUAAAGUGAUGCUAGACAUCGGAUUGAAAUAUAAUUGAGAUAACAUUCCUUUAUAAUAA